GCUCAGUGCGUAGGUAUGUAUUGAUUCAGCGUCCCAAGAGAAAAGCGAUACUAAAGUUUCGUCUGUUCUGAUUACGUAAAACAAACGGUUCGCGCGAUCAAAGUAACGUUCAUUUCAAAUUUUGACAUACGCGCUACAGAAAGAGUUGCAAAUGGCACUAGAACUCCAGCAACAGUUUUUCAGAGAUUUAGCAGCAGCAUAUGUGCAGCAAAGAGGAAUCCCACAGCCUACAAGUUUAAAUUCAAAUCUACAACAAAAUAUUCAACUUCCAGCACUAGGUGUCAAUGGCCCAACACUUCAACAAUUUGUGGAGGAAACUGUCUUUUACUGGAGAGCAAGGAUAUUAGAGAUUCGCAGUAAAAUACGAAAAGUGGAAUCUUCUGAAGUGAGGCAACUGCAAAUUAGGAGCAACCAAGACACCUUGCUGUUCCCACCUCCACCACCUCUACCAAGAGAUGAAAUAAAACUUGGUGAUCGCGUCCGCAUUACCCUAAAAAAGCGGCAACUGAAACAAGUACUAGCUCCACAUAGCUGGAAUGAAUUAAUUACACAGAACUUUGGACAUGUUGGUACAGUGGUCGGGCGAUAUAGGGACGGGAAAUAUGACACUGUUGUCUAUUUCCCCAAUACUGGAACAAUGUGGUAUAUAAGCGAUGGCAGUGCACUUGAAAGUGUGUCGGACACUUGUAAGGAUGAUGGCUCAACCCUCACUGCAAGUAAUGAUUUGCAGAUUGGUACUGAGGUGGAAAUAGAUGUCGAAACACGCUUAAUUCAGCUGAUGCAACCGAACCAUGGUACUGAUGUGAAUCAACUUUUACAGUUACAAGAUCGUCUUGGGCGAAUUAUUACAUUCGAUUCAAAAGGUGAUGCAUUCGUGACUGUGAGCGAAUAUUCCUGCGUGAUUGUAAACAAAGCGCUCCUGUCCAAGCGAAAGUAUCCGAUCAACAUUGAACUACCAAAGCAUGCUCAAGGGUUCACUUUAGGUACACGUGUUGUUGUGAGUAGCGAUCUUAUGGAAGUAAUGCAGGCAGUAAAUGCUCUAACUGGGAAAUGGAAUUACGAAAUGACACAGAUUCUGGGAAAAGUAGGGAUAGUGACCUUUUCCGUGGAAAGAGAAGUUGUGGUAAAAGUAAAAGAUCGGGUAUGGAUACUACCCCCGAAUUGUAUUCAAAAAGAACGAAAAAAGAAAGAUAAAAGAACACGACAUAAGAGCGGCGAAGGCCAUUUCAAAACUACAGAACAGUUUCCUUUUGAGAUAAACCAAGUGGUUCAGAUAAUCAACGACCGACGAAUUCUCAGAAUGUUAAAAGACCUUCGCGUUUCCGAGAAGUACUUUCAAGUGUUGGUAUGCCCUGGCAUGGUUCAAGGGUAUUCAUCAUUUACAACAACAGUCGUCAAAUUCAACAAAAGAAGCCUACAUGUUCCGACAAAUUUUCUUUUCGUUUCGAACGAGUCAGUAGCUCAGCAACACAGAGACCAUGUUUCAGCUGUACAAGCAAUAAAGGUCAACUCAAACGUUGUACUUGACAGUUCCAUAGCCCAUUUCGAUAUGGAAGGGUUAGGAAUGGAGUUGGAUCUGGGUAUUUGUCAGGCAAUGGUGGGUGUUUGUAAACUCGUAGCUAUCUCUGACGAAACAGACGAGGCAUACAUCAGGUACAAAGAUGGUGACGUGUUCGCCAUUCCGACGGAGUAUGUCACUACUUUUGGCGUGGGAACAAAGAUAAUCAAGGUUGAAAUGAAAGACUAUCAGAAGGCAACUAUAGAAAAACAGGAGAAUCCCUUACUUUACAAUCAGAUAAUACCCUCUCCUUCUGUUAUUGAUGUUCAUGAUACAAACAAGAAAGCACAAACAAGUAUUGAGAAUUUCUUUCUACCGAAAGAAGAAGAUGGUAAUGUAGAAGAGGAAGAUGAAAGGGACACAGAAGCAACCGCCACAGAUGAGCCGAGUGACUUGGAACAGGAGUCCAACGACGAGGAAAAUCAUGACGAAUCAGCAAAUGAGCUACCAACCGAUGAAAUAGAAAACAACGAAGGUUCACAAAUUCUUCAAACUGAUGCCGGGUCUGAUACUGAACACUCUGAUUUGUUUUAGAAGCUGAAGAAGAACAAGUAGACGCAACCUUCGUAACUCAACCAAAGCAACACGAAAUACCACAAGUAAUUCAACCUGAAAACCCAACCACGACUUCCCAAAACUCCAAUAAAGUUGUUGAGCAAAACAUACCUUUUUACCAGGACACCGAAGAGAUAAUUUUAAAAUGCGCUCUCCAAUCGACGCCUGCUGCAAACCAGACAGUUCCAGCUACACCAACUCCAAAUUUUCUUCGCCAAAACAGCAACAUGGUAAACCAAGUUCAGUUUACAGAAAGUGGCACUACCGAAAACCGGUCAAUGAUUCUCAAUAUGUCUGGUGGUACUUACACCAACUGCGUCAUUGGGGGUGACACGAUCACGGUUCUACCACAAAACACUAACCAACAACAGGAAUAAAUAAAACUGCCUACAUUAACCAUCAAAUUAAGGUUGUAUAUGAACUUAGCCGGUAACAUAUGUGAAACAGUAGUACUCCUGAAAAUGUAUAGCAUACGCGUAUUACACAUCUACAUAUCGGCGUAUGCUAAA